UGCGUGUUUCCGUUUCACCAUCACCAGACACCAGACACUACUACGCCAUCCUUAAUCAUCGAGUCGACGAAUCCAUUUUCAGCGUCUCCCAUUGAUCAUCCUCCCUGUCUCACCAAAAAAUCAGCCAUUUACCAAAAGUCCGGCGAGAUUCACUGCGAUGGAAUCCUCGAUAAAUUCGGAUUACCCACGAACGUCCGCACAGAACACGAAGGGGGACCCUCCAAUCUGCGCACUGGUACACAGCCAUUUAUGGCAUACGACCUCUUUAACUCUGCGUGGACUGGUGGACACCUAUAUCGCCAUGAUUUGGAGUCCAUUUUUUAUGUGUUGCUAUACCUUUGUGUGCAGUACACGAGGCCUGGAAAGCAGGUAUCCGCUUCUGCAAAACACAAGUUUCCGCAACCCAAAUUCAAACCUGAACCCACGGACUUUUUUCAACACUUCGCCUCUUGGCUGACCGAGAUACAGGGCCAGCUUUGUGAUGGAUAUUGUGACUACGUCAGGUUCAGACGAUCUCAGCAGAUCAAAUUAGAUGAGGGUCUGACGUUUGACGACCAGACACUUGGUGGCCACUUCACGUAUGCGAUUGUUAACGGGAUUAUGUCGACGUUCACUGGAGUUGAGUUGAAGGAGCGAACCGAAUCACUUGAUUGACUCCUUCGGAGGGGGGUGCAAAUGAUGACAGUUGGAUUCACGAGAGCUCCACGAUUCAGUAAUUAGGAGCAUGCAUCUAAAGGGUUAUGAGGAUGUAUCAUAUUCAUAUGCUCGUUCACCUUCUUCGAUCUA